AUGGCUUUGUCCCCCGCGAGCGUCGGGCCGGUGAUUCCGGAGGUGGAGAUGAACGCCGGCGCCGAUCAGGGCUCCACCACCGUGCGGGCCACUGUCGUGCAGGCCUGCAGCGUUUUCUACGACACUCCUGCAACGCUCGAUAAAGCAGAGAAAUUGAUAGCGGAGGCUGCUGGAUAUGGUUCACAGUUGGUUCUUUUUCCAGAAGUCUUUGUUGGUGGCUACCCUCAUGGGUCUACCUUUGGACUGACUAUUGGCAGUCGAUCUGCCAAGGGAAAAGAAGACUUCCGGAAGUAUCACGCGGCUGCCAUAGAUGUGCCUGGCCCAGAGGUUAGCCGCUUAGCUGCAUUGGCCGGAAAAUACAAGGUCUUUUUGGUGAUUGGGGUUGUUGAAAGGGCAGGCUACACACUGUACAAUACAGUGCUCUCCUUUGAUUCUCUGGGAAAGUACCUAGGAAAACACCGCAAGCUCAUGCCUACCUCACUGGAACGAGUAUUCUGGGGGUUUGGAGAUGGAUCUACGAUACCUGUUUAUGAUACUCCACUUGGAAAGAUAGGUGCCGUCAUCUGCUGGGAGAACAGAAUGCCACUUAUCAGGACAGCGAUGUAUGCCAAAGGUGUUCAAAUAUACUGUGCUCCCACUGCGGAUGCGCUGCCAAGUUGGCAGGCUUCCAUGACACACAUUGCGCUUGAAGGGGGAUGCUUUGUUCUGACAGCAAACCAGUUCUGCCGCAGAAAAGACUUUCCUCCCUCGCCUGAGUAUACCUUUGGUGGCCAUGAGGAGGAGCCAUCCCCAGAAACCGCUGUUUGUCCUGGAGGGAGCGCCAUCAUCUCGCCAUCUGGGACAGUGUUGGCAGGUCCCAACUAUGAAGGCGAGGCCCUCCUCACAGCUGACCUGGGUAAGAAGAAACCGAUGACUCCCAAGUCUAUGCUAAACACAUACUAUCAUUUUGGGUACUUAUACGCAACCUUGGAGAAAUUGUUCGAGCCAAGUUUGAUUUCGACGUCGUGGGACACUACGCGCGCCCUGAGGUGCUGA